CCACAAUUUCCAUCACGCUUUAAAAAUAAAAACUCGCUCGCGCUCUCUCUCUCUCUCUUUCUUUAAUUUCUCACACACCCAAACGACACACUCUUCGCGAAACCCUUGAUCUGAGAAAAAUACCAAUGGGGAGGCCGUCCAAAACUAAGGUUUCCAACGACUCAUCUUCUUCCUCCGAGGAGGAGGACGACGACGCCCCCGCCGCCAACCACCAGAUCGAAGACGACGACGAGGAGCUCGAAGCGGUGGCUCGCUCCGCCAGCUCCAACGACGGCGAUAAUUCGUCAGACGAAGCCGCUCAAGAUGACGACGAGGACAAACAGAAGGAGAGUAAUGCUGAUCCUGAAGUUAGCAAGCGUGAGAAGGCCAGAUUGAGAGAAAUGCAGCAAUUGAAGAAACAGAAAAUUCAGGAGAUAUUGGACGCGCAGAAUGCGUCCAUUGAUGCUGAUAUGAAUAAUAGAGGAAAGGGCCGAUUGAACUAUCUCCUACAGCAAACUGAACUCUUUGCUCAUUUUGCCAAAGGUGACCAAUCUUCUCAAAAGAAGAAGACAAAGGGGAGGGGGCGCCAUGCAUCAAAAGUAACUGAAGAAGAGGAAGAUGAAGAAUACCUUAAAGAAGAAGAAGAUGGUUUAGCAAGCACACGGCUGGUGACUCAACCAUCAUGUAUUCAAGGGAAGAUGAGAGAUUACCAGCUUGCUGGGCUAAACUGGCUCAUACGGUUGUAUGAGAAUGGCAUAAAUGGAAUUCUGGCAGAUGAAAUGGGGCUUGGCAAAACCUUACAAACAAUAUCUUUGUUAGGCUACUUACAUGAGUUCAGAGGAAUAACAGGCCCUCAUAUGGUGGUUGCUCCAAAAUCUACUCUUGGAAAUUGGAUGAAUGAAAUUCGGCGCUUUUGCCCUGUUUUACGUGCAAUAAAGUUCCUUGGCAACCCUGAUGAAAGGAAGCACAUACGAGAGGAGUUACUCGUUGCUGGUAAGUUUGAUGUGUGUGUUACAAGUUUUGAAAUGGUAAUCAAGGAGAAGUCUGCUUUACGGCGAUUUAGUUGGCGCUACAUAAUUAUUGAUGAGGCCCAUCGUAUCAAGAAUGAGAACUCACUCCUGUCCAAAACAAUGAGGCUAUACAAUACAAACUAUCGACUCCUCAUAACAGGCACACCAUUACAGAACAAUCUGCAUGAACUCUGGGCUCUUCUCAACUUUCUUUUGCCUGAAAUAUUUAGUUCUGCAGAAACUUUUGAUGAAUGGUUUCAAAUCUCUGGUGAAAAUGAUGAACAUGAGGUUGUUCAGCAGUUACACAAGGUCCUACGUCCAUUUCUUCUUCGGAGGUUGAAGUCAGACGUUGAGAAAGGGUUGCCACCGAAAAAGGAAACCAUUCUCAAAGUAGGAAUGUCACAAAUGCAGAAACAGUAUUAUAAGGCAUUACUGCAGAAGGAUUUGGAGGUUGUGAAUGCAGGUGGAGAACGGAAACGUCUCCUAAAUAUAGCAAUGCAACUACGUAAAUGUUGUAAUCACCCAUAUCUCUUCCAAGGUGCUGAACCUGGUCCUCCAUAUACAACUGGAGACCAUCUCAUUACAAAUGCUGGUAAAAUGGUUCUACUGGAUAAGCUACUUCCUAAGCUAAAAGAGCGGGAUUCUAGGGUCCUUAUAUUUUCACAGAUGACUAGGCUGCUAGACAUACUUGAAGAUUAUCUCAUGUUUCGUGGAUACCAAUAUUGUCGCAUAGAUGGCAAUACUGGUGGAGAAGAUCGGGAUGCUUCCAUUGAGGUUUUCAACAAACCAGGAAGUGAAAAAUUUGUCUUCUUGUUAUCUACUCGGGCUGGAGGUCUUGGCAUUAAUCUUGCUACUGCUGAUGUUGUUAUUCUUUAUGACAGUGACUGGAACCCACAAGUUGACUUGCAAGCUCAAGAUCGUGCUCAUAGGAUUGGUCAAAAGAAAGAAGUUCAAGUUUUCCGGUUUUGCACUGAGUAUACAAUUGAGGAAAAAGUCAUUGAAAGGGCUUACAAAAAGCUUGCACUUGAUGCUCUGGUGAUUCAGCAAGGGCGUUUAGCUGAACAGAAGACUGUUAAUAAAGAUGAGUUGCUUCAAAUGGUUAGAUUUGGUGCUGAAAUGGUUUUUAGUUCCAAGGACAGUACAAUUACAGAUGAGGAUAUUGACAGAAUUAUUGCUAAAGGAGAGGAAGCAACAGCUGAGCUUGAUGCUAAGAUGAAAAAAUUUACUGAAGAUGCUAUCAAAUUUAAGAUGGAUGACACUGCUGAGUUGUAUGAUUUUGAUGAUGCGAAGGAUGAGAACAAAUUUGAUUUCAAAAAAAUUGUGAGUGAAAACUGGGUUGAGCCACCAAGAAGAGAACGGAAGCGCAAUUACUCGGAGUCUGAAUACUUCAAGCAAACUAUGCGGCAAGGUGGUCCUACUAAACCAAAAGAGCCCCGUAUUCCUAGGAUGCCUCAAUUGCAUGAUUUCCAGUUUUUCAACACACAAAGGUUGAGUGAGCUGUAUGAAAAGGAAGUUCGCUACCUCAUGCAAACACAUCAGAAGAAUCAGGUGAAAGAUUCCAUAGAUGUUGAUGAACCAGAAGAGGUGGGAGAUCCAUUGACUGCUGAAGAGUUAGAAGAAAAGGAGCAGUUGCUAGAGGAGGGAUUUUCAUCAUGGAGCCGGAAGGAUUUCAAUGCUUUCAUUAGGGCCUGUGAAAAGUAUGGCCGAAAUGAUAUAAGAAGUAUUGCUUCUGAGAUGGAAGGAAAAACACAGGAGGAAGUUGAAAGAUAUGCAAGAGUCUUCAAAGAAAGAUACAAGGAAUUAAAUGAUUAUGAUAGAAUAAUUAAAAACAUCGAAAGAGGGGAGGCAAGAAUAUCCCGGAAAGAUGAGAUCAUGAAAGCUAUUGGGAAGAAGUUGGACCGCUACAAGAAUCCUUGGCUGGAAUUGAAGAUACAAUAUGGGCAAAACAAAGGGAAGUUAUACAAUGAAGAAUGUGAUCGAUUCAUGAUAUGCAUGAUUCACAAACUUGGCUAUGGUAAUUGGGAUGAGUUGAAGGCAGCUUUUCGAAUGUCACCCUUGUUUCGUUUUGAUUGGUUUGUCAAGUCUCGCACAACACAGGAACUUACAAGGAGGUGUGACACCCUCAUUCGGCUGGUAGAGAAGGAAAACCAAGAAUAUGAUGAGAGGGAGAGACAAGCUCGUAAAGAGAAGAAACUUGCGGCCAAGAGCAUGACCCCGUCGAAGCGUUCCUUGCCUAGACAGACUGAGAGUCCCUCUCUGAAGAAGCGGAAACAGUUAACCAUGGAUGACUAUUUAGGCUCGGGGAAGAAGAAAAAAUAAACUGAUAGUUACUGGCCUCCUUAUUUUUUGGUGGAUCGUUUGGUGAUUGAUAUGGCCCGGUGUGGCUUCUCAAGUCCAGUGCUACUGGCCUCCUUAUUUUUUGGUUUAGUUUUAGUUUGAAAGGGUAUUUAGGGAAGAUUUAGAAGAAAUUGAAUAUUGAAAUUUUGUAAAUCUACUAACAAACUGAUAGAUUAGAUGUCCAUUUUAUUUUAAUUGCGCUGCCGGUUCAACAUAUGUAAUUCUUUCUUCAUGCUAUCUUGAAGUUGAAAUUACAUUGGUCAUACUAUUGCUUGUGUUUCAUUAACUAGUCUAUUGGAUUUGAAAUUCAAAUGAGGUGACGAUCCAUUCUUGUUU